AUGAAGAAAGGCAUCUACGACAAAUUUGGAGAAGAAGGUCUCAAAGGCGGCAUCCCCCUGGAGUUCGGUGACGACAACCCCUGGACUGCCGGCUACGUGUUCCACAACAACCCCGACAGAGUCUUCAGGGAGUUCUUCGGUGGAGACAACCCCUUUGCGGAGUUCUUUGCCGAGGACGGCUCGGAGUUGACCCUGCCCUUCGGAGGGCUGCGAGGACGAGGAGUGAUGAAGCAAGACCCCCCGAUCGUGCGAGAUCUCUACCUCUCCCUCGAAGACUUGUUCUACGGCUGCACCAAGAAGAUUAAGAUCUCCCGCAGG